CAAAAUCUGUGAUCAUUUCCUAUUCUCAUAUCAUUUUUGGUUUAUUAAGUCUUUUCAAGCAAUUGGUAAAGGAGUGAAAUUCACAAUUAAAUAAACAAUUGGACACAAAUGCAAAUAUGAAUGGAGAGAAUGAAUGUGUCAUCUGUUUGGGCGAAAUGAGUGCCGACAUGUAUCAACUAAAUUGUGGCCACAAAUAUCAUUUCGAUUGUAUCGGCCAGUGGUUCAUCACAACACCCAAUUGUCCCAUUUGUCGUCAGGCUAUCACUACGCCCACACUCAUCGCCUAUUGGGGCCGACAAUGUUUAACUCCCAUUCGCUUAUAUCUCAAUGAGUUGAGAACAGGGAACCCGACCGCCAAUUUGAUGAGCUGGUCAACACCUCAAUUGGCUUCGCACGUCCACCCGAGCUCUUCCGCACCAUUGGCCGCAAAUUUGGUAAACAAUCAAACGGUUGCCAAUAGUGAGCACAACCGCACGGCACCGGUCGGUAUGGAGCCAAACCCUCCCGUGAUUUCUGGGCCAACUGUCCGCACACAACAAGCGAAUGGCAGUCAGCGAAGCGUUGCAACUCGUCCUGAAUUUUGCUGGAAUUAUGAUUAUAUAAGAAGACACCGACCCAUGCCUUAUAUCCCACAUUCGCAUCCCAAGCCCUGGAAAUAUUGAUUGAAUCCACACUUUACCUGUAUAUUUCUUAUGAAUUUAUAAUUUGUUUGUUAAUAUAUUCUAUUAUAUAAAUUUGAUAUUAGUUU